UCAUAUCUCCAUUUCCAUCUCCCCAUAGCCAAAACCUGAUCAACACACCUGAAAUAUAAUGGGACUGGCGGCGAACCCAAUCCCAGCAGUCGUGCUCCUCCUCUCUUUACUCGCGGCGGCACCUCCGGUCUCCGCCAAACUCAAAACCUUCGACAUCCAGUUCAAAAACUUCUUCAACAACAACUCCGACACCAAGAAAUUGCACUUGGCCAGCGCUCUUUCUGCGAUAGGCGCCAACGGCGCCCUCCAGCUCACGCCGGAAACCCCGAACGUAGACUUUGCAUCAGUCACCAACCAAUCCGGCCGGAUUUUAUACAAAAUUCCUUUCAAAUUAUGGGAAGGCCGAAGCGACGCUUACUCCGACCGGGUGGCGUCGUUCAACACCUCGUUCCUCGUGAACAUGUACCGGUUGAACGAUUUUCCCACCCCUGGCGAAGGCAUGGCGUUCGUGGUGGCGCCGGACCUCAAGAACCCGCCGAACAGCUCCGGCGAGUACUUGGGUCUGACUAAUGCCGCCACCGACGGCAACGCUUCGAACCAUCUUAUCGCCGUUGAGCUCGACACAUUUAUACAAGAUUUCGACCCGAAUUCGCACCACGUCGGACUUAAUUUAAACUCCGUCAGGCAUAGCGGGACCGCCUCGUUGACGACUCUGCUCGAUUAUGAACUGGUUGCGCCCCUUGGAACGGGGUAUUACCUCAACGUCUGGAUCGAGUACGACGGAAUCAAAAAGUUCAUCGCGGUUUACAUGGCUAAACAAGAAAACCGAACGGGUGCGACACCUCCCAAACCAAAUACCGCGAUUCUUACAUCACCUCUGGACCUCAGAAGGUUCGUGAAUCAGAACUCGUAUUUUGGGUUUUCGGCCUCGACAGGAGUCAACGCAGCCCAACUCAACUGCAUUUUACGGUGGAACUUGACAGUGGAGUACUACUACGACGUAAAUUGGAUGAAGAUUGGCCUCAUCGUCGGGAUAACCGCGGUGCUUUUACCGACAUCGGCGGUUUUGGUAUACUACUUCCGAAAGAGGUGGUUAUUGCGACAGUCGGAUAGGAAAAUGUCAGGAAAGGUGAAGAGCAUGCCCGGGAUGCCGAGGGAGUAUCAGUACAGAGAUUUGCAGAAGGCUACGAACAAUUUUGACAAGGCAAUGAAGUUGGGACAAGGUGGGUAUGGAGUGGUUUACAAGGGAAAAUUGGCGAAUCAGAAGGAUUUGGAGGCUGCAGUGGAUCAGGAUUUGGUGGUUGCAGUGAAGAUGUUUUCUAGAGAGAGUUUGAAGGGUCAGGAUGAUUUCUUUCAAGAGCUUACAAUCAUCAAUCAACUCAGGCACAAAAACCUUGUUCCAUUACUGGGAUGGUGUCAUAAUCACGGGAAGCUGUUGCUGGUUUACGAUUACAUGGCCAACGGCAGCCUUGACAAACACCUCUUCGGCGAUGCCAACAACACGCCAUUCAACUGGAAUCUCCGCCGCAAGAUCAUCUCCGGGGUAGCCUCCGCUCUCUACUACCUCAACAACCACUACAAUAAGAGGGUCGUCCACCGCGACGUCAAGGCUAGUAACAUCAUGCUUGACGCCGAGUUCAACGGCAAGCUCGGAGACUUUGGCCUUGCAAGAACCCUAGACAACGAAAAAACCUCUUACAAAGAAGUCGGGGGCGUUCCAGGAACAAUGGGGUACAUGGCCCCCGAAUACGUGUUCACGGGCAAGGCCACCGAGCAAUCUGAUGUAUAUGCUUUUGGAGCAGUUCUGUUGGAAGUUGUUUGUGGUCGUAGGCCCGGGACCCAAAUUGACACGUACCCGUUGUUAGUAGAUUGGGUCUGGGCCUUGCAUCACGAAGGCCAGUUACUUGAGGCGGUAGACGGUAGGCUCGGGGAGGACUAUGUUGCGGAGGAGGCCCAAAGAUUUUUGCUUCUGGGUCUGGCCUGUUCUCAUCCGGUAGCAAGUGAAAGGCCCGAAACUCAGGAAAUUGUUCAGAUGCUAUCGGGCUCGAUGCCUGUGCCCCGCGUGCCGUCAUUCAAGCCGCCUUACGCUUUGGCGCCCGUGCCAAUGUUGGAGGAAGACAUCAUUCCGGCCACCACCACCGACUCUACAUUCAUUACGGCAGAGGAUUGUGGAUCAGGUUCGGCACCAGUGGCCAUUAACCCAGAAAUCCAACACCCAUAAAGUGACAAAUAUGAAACCAGAAGCUUUCCAUCCGUUUCGUUAUUUAUUUAUUUAUUUCCUUUUUUGGGUUUAUGCAUUUACUCAAUUUUGUUUAUUGUGAGAAGGGAGAAUA